AUGGCUGUUCCUGGUCAAUAUUCUCCCUUUGACAUUUACGCUGCUAGUCAACAGAUCCAAUGGCGCCUGACUGAAGUGUCCAUUGAUGGUAAGUUAGUUCCAUCUGAUUACUACAACGUUCCCCCCACUCAGUCUCAUUUUAGGUUUUUCCAAUUCACUCAAUCCAUUGAUGACUCUGAAACCGUCACAGUCAAAUUAUCAGGUGGUGCAGUAACUCCAGGUGCUUAUACUGCUUCUUUCUUGGUGGUGGCUAAUGUUACUUCUUUAGUUAAGAGAAAUGGCGUCACCUUCACUUUGGUUGUCUCUACUGUUGUUUCAGAAGAAAGUGCUUCUACAUCUACCACAGUUGCAGAAAAUGCUUCUAUCUCGCCCACAUUAACAGAAAAUAGCUCUCUAGCUAUUUCAGAGCCCACUGCUGAAGUUUCACCACCUGAAACAUCAUUUGAAACCUCUAUGGUUACCAAAACUGCCACUUUGGAAGUUUGCUCAGGGUUAUUGUCAUCCGUACCUGAAGAUGCUUCACCUUUUGCCUCACCUUCUGCCUCAUCUACUGCCGAAUCGUCAUCUGGUGAGUUUUAA